CAUAAAUAAAUCGGUAAUCUACCGACAAGUAGCAACACUGUCGUGCUAUGUGAUAAAAUGGCGUCGGUCGUGUUUCGCUUGAUGACUUCGUAAAAUAGUUUAUGUGACGAGUUUUAAGUGUUUUAUUUAAUUUUAAUAAGUACCAGUUUAGUAAUAAUAAUCCAUUACCUGUCACAUAAUUUCGAAAAGGGGCUCUUAACGUAUUUGUCAGAGUGCAAUGUCCGAGGAGACAGAGCGGCACGGCGAGACGGCGUGCGAAGGAAGCGCUGGCGGCGGUGACACGAACACGAUUCGCGUGUUGUUGACCCCGCACCAGCUGGAAGCCGCCUCCGCCGACUCGCUUCGCGCCGCGUGGAAAACCCAGGACUCAUACAUUGAUCACCUCGAAAAGUUGAACAAACAGUUAGAAGGUAGUCUGGAAAAGGCGAAAGAGGUAGAGGAAAGAAUUAAGCAGCAAUAUGUGGAAUCACAACACAGAGAAAAGGUUCUUGUUAGGAGGCUCGCUGCAAAGGAGCAAGAGAUACAGGAUUAUGCUAGCCAGAUAACUGAGUUGAAGUCAUCACAUGCAAGUCUUAAUGGUCGACCUACACUUCUAGAUCCGGCAGUUAAUGUUUUAAUAUUAAGGCUGAAACAAGAGUUAACAUCGACUAAAGCGAGGUUAGAGGAGACUCAAAAUGAAUUAUCAGCGUGGAAGUUCACGCCAGAUUCAAAUACAGGAAAGAAAUUAAUGGCGAAAUGUCGGCUGCUACAUCAAGAGAACGAGGAUCUCGGACGCAUGACGUCAAGCGGUCGCAUUGCUAAGUUGGAAGGUGAUUUAGCGUUACAAAAGAGUUUUAGUGAAGAGGUGAAAAAGUCACAAUCAGAAUUAGAUGAAUUCCUGCAAGAGUUAGAUGAGGAUGUGGAAGGCAUGCAGAGCACAGUGCUGUUCCUGCAACAGGAGCUGCGUGCGUCCCAUGCCACUGUGAAUGGCAACAGGCAGUCUUCCCCCGGCGACAAGCGGACUUACUCAGGCAGUGAGUGCAGCGACACGCCCGUGGGCAAGCGGAGACGCGCCUCGGUGCUCUCCCUGGACUACAACGAGGAGGAGGAGCCUCUCACAGUGACCAACGGCGAGGCCGACUAGCCCAGGGCCUCUGUGUUCUCUUACCGAACACGAUUCUUUAAUAUCAAAUAGUGAAACUCGUGAACCACUGUCAUAUCUAUGAGCCCCGCGGCCAUUACGUUGGCUCCAAAUUAAUUUUAAUGAAUUAUCAUUGUGAGUGAUCAUCAAAUUCUCUUUAGAGGUGAAACGCUGGUUCGGUGUCAGUCACUCAUUACAAAACAUGUGAACGCUUAUAUAUUAACAUGUAAAGUGUACUUUAAAAAUCUAUGUACUUUGAUUAGAAGACAUGAUAUACAGACGAAGGUGUCAUUUCCAUUGACAAUGAAUUGGUGAUGAUUGUGUCGAACGUGAAAAUGAGACUAAGGAAACAUUUGGUAAAAGUAUAGUUUGCGUUUUAUGCACAACAGUGGACCAUGUGAUCAGAUUUAAUAGUGAACCGUUUUUGACAUUGUUUUUAUACUUGAAAUAUUAAGACAAGACACUUGGUUGACAAUUUUAUAAUUUAUUUAUGAAUAAGUGGAUUAAUUGUGAUAAUAUAUUAGAGAAAUCCAAUGAGAUAUGAGCGAUGCGAUUGUCUUUUGUUGCCGAUUAUCAUUGUUACAUGGCGUUUGUUUGGUUUACUUGCCAGAGUUAUUGCGAGGAUAAACGGAAUCGAGCCUGUCGUAAGAACAUUGCAAUAUGGACGAACACCAAGCCUAAUGAAAUAAUCAAUUAAUGUUUAACACAUUUUUAAUAAAAUUUAUGUGAGUUUCUACCUGAAAUGUUUCUAUUAUAAAAUUACAAUGAAUGUAUAUAGAAAAUAUGUUAAUAAACAUAUAUUGCUGGCAUCAA